UGGUCUGAACUUAACACAAGUACAAUGGGCAAGAUUAUCUUCUAUGAAGACAGGAACUUCCAGGGUCGUCACCAUGAGUGCAGCAGUGACUGCCCUGAGAUGCAAAACUACUUCAGUCGCUGCAACUCCAUAAGAGUUGAGAGUGGUUGCUGGGUGGCCUAUGAGAAGUCCAAUUAUGCUGGCUACCAGUACAUGCUGCACAAGGGGGAGUAUCCUGACUACCAGCACUGGGCUGGCUUCAAUGACUGCAUCCGCUCCUGCCGCAUGGUGCCCCCUUACAAUGGAAGCUAUAGGAUGAAGAUUUUCGAGCGGUCUGACUUUGCGGGCCAGACGAUGGAGUUAAAUGAAGACUGCCCGGAUCUGCAUGAGCGUUUCCACACCCGUGACAUCUCCUCCGUCAACGUUAUGGAGGGCUACUGGAUGCUGCACGAGCACCCCAACUACAGGGGACGCCAGUACUUCCUGCAACCCGGAGAAUACAGACGGCACAGUGAGUGGGGAAGCAACAGCCCCACCAUCGGAUCUCUGAGACGUGUCACAGAGAAUAAGUAAUUUGUAGCUUUAAAAAAUAAAUAAAUAAAAUAACGUUUUGACCCCCACA